CGGAAAGAAGAUGUGAUGGUCUAGGUGUUUUUAUAAAGGAAGAAAAUAAAAAAUUAGGUGGACCCUUUGAGGUUGAUAUGUUUGCGAACGUUACAUUGGAGGAUUGUCAGGCUAUGUGUGUAAGGGCUGAAAAGUACUUCUGCAGGUCGUUGGAAUACGAUGAGAUGACAAAACAAUGUACUUUAUCCGAGGAGGACUCAAUUUCUCAAAAGGAUGAAAUUAAUACAGCUAGUGCUCCCACUCAUCAUUUUUAUGAUUUUGCUUGCUUGGAUAGUCCCCGAGGAUCCGAGUAUCCAGAUAAUUCUGUUACAUCUCAUCUAUUUACUGGCAAGAAACCUGAUACUGCUUUUCAAAGAUAUAGAAAUAGUAGAUUGGGAGGUGAACAUCAGUCCGAAAUAUCCGGCCGAUCUUUAAGUGAAUGUUUAGAUGAGUGCUUAAGACAACCAAGUUUUCAAUGCAAAUCAGCGGAAUAUAGUGAGAGAUUUAGAACCUGUAGGCUCACUCGAUUUAGCCAAAAGGAUGGAAUAAGAAUCAUUUACGAUGCUGAUUAUGAUUAUUAUGAAAAUCUAAUGCUUGGAGGCGAUGAUAGACCAGAGGGUGGUUAUAGACCUGGUGACGGAUUUCCAGGAGGAGAUAGAUUUAGACCUGGUAGUGGUGGUGAAGGUGGAAGGUAUCCGUUUGGUAGUAGCAGCGGAAGUAAAUAUCCACCAACUGGAUCAGGUGGAAGAUAUCCAAGUGAUAGAUAUCCAUUAAGUUCGGGCGGGGAUUAUUAUUCUGGGAGACCAGAUAGACGUCCAGACUACGAUGAUAGAUAUCCCAGUGAUAGGUAUCCUACGCGCCCUGUUAACUCAUAUCCGAAUAGGGGUGGUAGUCCGUAUCCAAAUGAUGAUUGGAGACGUCCUAAUAGAUAUGACAAAGAUAAGUAUCCAUAUCCACCUUCAGGGGGAGGGUAUGUAGAUAGAUACCCUAAUAGAAGAUAUCCUUCUGGUGAUAAAUAUGGAGAUAGACAAGGUGAUAGCUAUGAAGAUAGAUACAGAAAUCGAUAUGGUGACAGAUAUGGUGAAAAAUAUGGAGAAAAUCACGGUACCAGAUACAGCGAUCGAGACAGAACUAAAUAUGGUAAUCGAUUUAAUGACGUGGGCAGUCGUUAUGGAGAUGAUGAUUAUAGAUAUAACAGUAGAUAUGAAGGAGGUGGAAGUAGAUAUUAUGAAAGUGGUGGUAGAUACGAAGGGGGUGGAAGUGGGUAUGAAGGAAGUGGAAGCAGAUAUGAAGCGAGUGGAGGUAGAUAUGAAGGAAGUGGUAGCAGAUAUGAAGGAGAUAGAGGUAAAUACGGAGCACGUUUUGGUGAAAGAUAUGGAAACCGUUACGAUGAUCCAUAUGAAAAUUGGCGUGGAGAUCGUUUAGAUACAAAAUAUGAUUACUAUGGAGAUGAGCGCGACGGUGGAAGUAGAUGGUUUUUUAGACCAGAUAGACGUCCUGGUGGAAGACCAGUUGAUGAUAGACCACCUAUUCCACCUCAAAGACGACCAAUUUCACCUGGCCCAGAUGGGCCUAUUUAUGAUAGUUUUGGAGGUUUAGUACCCAAUAGACCAUAUAGUUCAAGGUGUGAAGAAAACGAUAAUUUUAAGCAAAUGGGUAGUCGUCAAAGAGCUCGCAAAGAAUUUAUAAGAAGAUCUAUAUAUACAUCAUCAUUAAGUCAAUGUCAAAGAGAAUGUGUUGAAAUAAGAGAAUUUAUAUGCAGAUCAUUUAAUUACAGAGAAUCUCCCCCACGGUACGAAAGUGAUCGAGAAAAAGAUAACUGCGAAUUAAGCGAUAAGGACUCCAGAGAUUUGGAAAUAAGUAAUCCUCAAUACUUCGACACCACGGGAAAUUAUGACUUUUAUGAACGGUCCGCCAGCAGGCAAGGAGCUGAUGGAGAUUGUUUAGAUGUGAGUCAAGUAUGUAAUGAAGAUGGAAUGGAAUUUACCCUUAGAACACCUGAAGGGUUUUAUGGAAGAAUAUAUUCCUAUGGCUUCUAUGAUCGAUGCUUUUUCCGGGGAAACGGUGGCACAGUAAAUGUACUGCGUAUAAGUGGAGCACAAGGAUACCCAGAAUGUGGAACUCAAAGAUAUGGUGAUACCAUGACAAACAUAAUUGUAGUGCAAUUUAGUGAUUAUGUACAGACUGGAAAGGAUAAACGGUUUAACCUUACUUGUUUAUUUAGAGGACCAGGAGAGGCUGUGGUAUCCUCAGGAUUUAUAGGAGCUGGAUCCGGUAGUCCGAUUCCAAUAGAAUACCUUCCAGCAGAAAAUUCAUUAAGCUCCAAAGUUCGUCUUAUGAUCUUGUAUCAAGGAAGACCGACCACUACAAUAGCAGUUGGGGACCCUUUGACGUUUAGACUUGAGUCCCAAGAUGGUUAUAAUUAUGUUACGGAUAUAUUUGCUACAAAUGUCGUUGCUAGGGAUCCCUAUUCAGGAAGAUCUGUUCAAUUAAUAGAUCGAUUUGGGUGUCCAGUCGAUAGUUAUGUAUUUCCAGAGUUAGAUAAGGGUCGAAGUGGUGAUAGCUUGGAAGCAAGAUUUAACGCUUUUAAAAUUCCCGAAUCCAAUUUCCUUGUGUUCGAAGCUACUGUAAGAACUUGCAGAGAUGGAUGCCAACCGGCGUACUGUCAAUCUGGAACGGGUCGAUCAGAACCUUCAUUUGGAAGAAGAAAACGUGAAGUCAAUGAAACAAUCAUUUUAACAACAAAUCAUACGUUAGAUAUUUCAAAGGAAAAUAUAACAAAUAUUAAUGAGACCAAUGUAUCUUUUCCCAAAACAACAAUAAAAAUCACCGAAGAAUCAGAUGAAGAAAAAGAAGCAGAAUCACCUGAAUUUGUAAGAGAAAUGAUAGAGGUAUUUGAUUCAAGAGAAGAAUUGCAGCAAGAAGCUAGAAGAGCAGAAUUGCUCCCGGAGACAGUCUGCCUGACCCGUGGCGAAUACCAUGGAUUAGUUAGCGCAGUUCUAGCAUUAAUUGCAAUUUUACUAACAAUAGCAUUGUUGUCCGGCUUGGUUUAUAGAAAAUAUUGGUUGGUUAUGCGAAAAAAUAUACUAGCAGAUAGAUCUUCAAAUUUUUCUACAUCCUCAUAUCCUAACACAAGUAGCGGUUUAUCCACAGGAAUAUCAAUAUUUGGAUCACAUAAACCUUUUAAUGGAUUUGGAACCAUUCGAAAUUUUCCAAGCUUAGUUAAAAAUGAAAUUAAAUGUCCGAACCCAGGAGGUCCCUUUGAGGAUCCAAGCGAGCCUAUUUACACAGAUCCAUCUCUUUUUGAAAGGUCUCGAAGUUUAAGAAGCAUAGCUGUAACUCCAAAAAGACGAAUAUCGCCCGUUCCAAAAAAUUAAGACCAUGUUUAUAAAAAGCCGUAUUUGUUGACAUAUAAGCUAAGUUAAGAAAAUAAUGAAUCAAUUAUAUGUACACUAUUUCAAGAAAUCUUCAUAAAAUUAAAUUUUUAACCAGUAUGUAUUAGGGUAAUGACUUUUUUAUAACCUCGUUAACUGUAUAAUUUAAU